AAGAAACCGCUUCAAUAGCCAACGACGACGCGGUGAGAUCAACAAUGUAUUAAAACGUGUUUCUGGGGAGACUCUUCAUCUGGCGCGCGCUCUUCGUAUAGCAGUGAGAAAGCGGGAGAUCUCGGUGCCUUUAAUCUCUCGACUCUUCUGGUCCUCCGCAAACAGCAUCAUCUUCUUCGGCGAAUGUAGUCCCCGAUCACUCGCUCCACUCGACUCACUUGGAAUCAAUCGCUCGAGACGUGCGCACACGCGGUAGUUCGGAACUCCAGUUGUGUGUGGUGUCAUUACGGAAGGAAGAAAACUAUUGUGAUCUAAUCGCAGUCAAUCAGUAGUGCCAUAGCCGAAGCAGACAGACUAGUCGUAGACAUGAGCGCUGUGAAGAACGUCCUGGUGAUUGGGGGCGGAGGUCGCGAACACGCCAUCUGCUGGAAGUUGGCCAAGAGUCCCAAGGUGGGAACUGUGUUUGCGCUGCCCGGCAGUCCGGGCAUCCAGCAGCUGGACAAGGUUACCCUGGUCGGCGAUGUCAGCGUGAAGAACUUUGAUGCCAUAGUGAGUUGGUGCAAGAGCAACGCGAUCCACCUUGUAGCGGUGGGUCCGGAAGAUCCGUUGGCAGAAGGUCUUGGCGAUGCACUGCAGGCGGCCGGUAUCAAGUGUUUCGGGCCUGGUCGAAAGGGCGCCCAGAUCGAGGCGGACAAGAACUGGUCCAAGGACUUUAUGCACCGGCAUGGUAUCCCGACGGCCCGUUACUCGAGCUUCACCAAAGCAGAGGAAGCUAAGGCGUUCAUCAACAGUGCCUCGUACGAAGCCCUGGUAGUGAAGGCCAGCGGGUUAGCCGCCGGCAAGGGGGUGAUCGUGGCAGAGAACGAGGCGCAGGCUUGCGCAGCGGUUGACGAGAUCCUCGGGGACAAGAAGUUCGGCUCCGCUGGAGACGUUGUCGUGGUCGAGGAGAAGCUCUCCGGUGAAGAGGUUUCUGUGCUGGCAUUUGUAGACUCCAAGACCGUUCGGGUGAUGCUUCCAGCACAGGAUCACAAGCGGCUUCAGAACGAGGAUCGCGGCCCAAAUACCGGCGGAAUGGGCGCGUACUGUCCGUGUCCGAUCAUCAAGCCCCAACAGCUGGAGGUUGUUAUCCGCGAGGUUCUGCAGCGAGCCGUCGACGGACUGCGCAAGGAAGGCAUCAAAUACAACGGCGUCCUGUACGCGGGAAUGAUGCUGACCCCCAGCGGACCGAAGACCCUCGAGUUCAACUGCCGCUUCGGCGAUCCGGAAACGCAGGUCAUUCUGCCGCUGCUGGAGAGCGAUCUGUUUGAGGUUAUGGAUGCUACCUGUGACGACAAGCUGGACGGCGUGCAGCUGCGGUUCCACGAGGGAACUAGCGCUGUAGGGGUGGUGAUGGCCAGCAAGGGUUACCCGGAAACUUCGACCAAGGGUUGCGUCAUCAAUGGUCUUGAGACGGUCGCCAAGCGACAAGAUCACCUGGUAUUCCACAGUGGAGUUUCCAAGAACGCCGCCGGUGAGUUCGUGACCAACGGAGGUCGCGUCCUCAUCAACGUGGUGCUGCAGCCGAAUCUCCGUACGGCAGCUGCCCUCGCCACUGCAGCCUGCUCCGACGUAAAGUUUGACGGAUCCCAGCAUCGUACCGACAUCGCCCAGAAGGCUUUCAAACACGUAAACCUGUCGUACAAGGCCAGUGGAGUGGACAUUGACGCCGGCGAUGCCUUGGUUCAGCGCAUCAAACCGCUGGCCAGGGGAACCAACCGGUCUGGGGUGCUUGGAGGACUCGGCGGAUUCGGAGGGCUGUUUCGCUUGAAUGAGGUAACCUACACCAACGCCGCCGGGAAGACCGUUCGCUACCAGGAUCCGGUUCUGGUGCAGGGAACCGACGGAGUCGGCACCAAGCUCAAGAUCGCCGAAGCUGUCAACCACUGGGACUCGAUCGGGAUCGAUCUGGUGGCAAUGUGCGUGAACGACGUGCUGUGUGCCGGAGCUGAACCGCUUGCGUUCUUGGACUACAUUGCCUGUGGCAAGCUGGACGUCCCGACGGCCGCCAUGAUCGUCAAGGGUAUCUCGGAGGGUUGUCGGGAGUCCAAGUGUGCCCUGCUUGGUGGGGAGACCGCCGAGAUGCCGUCGAUGUACAAAGCCGGCAAGUACGAUCUGGCGGGGUACUGCGUGGGAGUUGUGGAACAUGACGCUAUUCUGCCGAGGAUCGAUGACAUAGCGGAGGGGGAUCUGGUCAUCGGGCUGCCUUCCAGUGGAGUUCAUAGCAACGGGUUCAGCUUGGUCAACAAGAUCCUGGAGGUUCACGGACAGAAACUGACCGACGUUGCUCCGUUCAGCGAGCUUAGCUACAGCUUCGGGAUGGAACUGCUAACGCCGACGAACCUCUACAUUCAGUCGGUGCUACCGGUUCUUCGGAAGGGUCACGUAAAGGCGUUAGCGCACAUAACGGGAGGUGGCUUGGUAGAGAACAUUCCACGAGUUCUACCGAAAGAUCUCUCGGUGGAGAUCAACGCAGGCAGCUUCCAGAUUUUGCCCGUCUUUGGAUGGCUUGCAGCCGCCGGUAACGUCCCCGACUCGGAAAUGCUACGAACCUUCAACUGUGGUAUCGGGAUGGUUUUGAUCGUUCCGGCAGGAGACAAGUCCUGGGAUUCGCUGAAAACCCACGGAGGAUGCCAAAUCGGACGCGUAACAAAGCGGAAAUCGGACAAAAGCCCGCAGGUCGUUGUUAACAACUUUACCGCAGCUAUUACAAAAGCAUCGGCGCCCUUCGAGUCCUUCAGAUCCAAAGCCUCGAUCUCGUACAAGGACAGUGGCGUAGACAUAACGGCCGGUGAUGACUUGGUAGCGAAAAUCAAACCUCUCGCAAAGGCGACAACCCGAAAGGGCUGCAUCGGAGGGCUGGGCGGAUUCGGGGGUCUGUUCCUACUGAAGGAAGCGGGAUCGUACAAGGAUCCCGUACUCGUGCUGGGAACCGACGGCGUUGGAACUAAGCUGAAGAUCGCCCAGCAAAUUAACGCCCACGGAACGAUCGGAAUCGACCUGGUAGCGAUGUGCGUCAACGACAUCCUGUGCAACGGGGCAGAUCCGCUGAGCUUCUUGGAUUACUACGCCUGCGGUCAUCUGAACGUGGACGUGGCCGCGAAUGUGGUGUCCGGGAUCGCCAACGGUUGCUCGCAGAGUGGAAGCGCACUGGUGGGAGGUGAAACCGCGGAAAUGCCGGGAAUGUACGCGCGGGGAAGUUACGACCUGGCCGGAUUCUCGCUCGGAGUUGUGGAACACGAUGAAAUGCUCCCACGAACAAGUACAGUCGUUGAGGGGGAUGUAGUGAUUGGACUUCCGUCUUCCGGCGUUCACAGCAACGGCUUCAGCUUAGUGCACAAGGUGCUGGAACACGCUGGAGUUACGUACGGCGACGCGGCGCCUUUCAGUGCGACUGGGAAGACUUUUGGUCAGGAAUUGCUGGAACCGACGAAGAUCUACGUCAAAGAUGUACUGCCGUUGCUGAAGCAGAACCUGAUCAAGGCGUUGGCCCACAUCACCGGUGGUGGUCUAACGGAGAACAUUCCAAGAAUACUUCCCAACGGACUCGGUGUUGAGAUUGACGCCCAAAACUUCCACGUCAGUCCAAUCUUUGGAUGGCUCUCCAAAGCUGGCAACAUUGCCGAACAGGAAAUGCUGCGGACGUUCAACUGUGGCCUCGGGAUGACGCUGAUCGUCGCGAAGCAGAAUGCACAAACCGUACUCGGAGAACUUCGUUCCGCCGGAGCAACCCUAAUCGGAAGCGUCGUCAAGCACACGCCAAAAGCUUCGCGAGUCAAUGUACUCAACUUCCCAGCAACCCUAGCAAAGUCUCAACUGACUUGCUCUCUCCCCAAGAAGCGCAUCGCCGUGCUCAUUUCCGGCUCCGGAUCGAACCUGCAGGCGCUGAUCGACGCCACCCGAAGUACCGCGUUCGGCAUUCGCGGCGAGAUCGUGUUCGUCCUGUCCAACAAGAACGGCGUGUACGGUCUGGAGCGUGCGACCAACGCCGGGAUCCGCUCCAAAGUGAUUCUGCACAAAGAAUUCCCCACCCGUGAGCAGUUUGACGCGGCCAUGUCCGACGAGCUGGAACGGCAGCAGAUCGACCUGAUCUGCCUGGCAGGCUUCAUGCGAAUCCUCUCCGAGGGAUUCGUCCGCCGCUGGAAGGGACGCCUGAUCAACAUCCACCCGGCACUGCUCCCCAAGCACAAGGGAGUUCACGCCCCGCGGCAGGCCCUCGAAGCCGGCGAUACCGAGUCGGGCUGUACGGUGCAUUACGUGGACGAAGGCGUCGAUACGGGGGCGAUCAUCCUGCAACAGAGUGUGCCGAUACUGGCGAACGAUACGGAAGAAACGCUAACGGAGAGAAUCCAUCGGGCGGAGCAUGCGACCUUCCCGAGGGCGCUUCGUUUGGUAGCGAACGGGUUGGUUAGUCUCGGAGCGGAUAGGAAGGUGUUGUGGCAUUAGAGGGGACGACAUUUGGUGGUAACCUUUAUGACAAAGUAUGAAUUAUGAUGCUAAUAAAAUACUUUACGAACAUAGUGAAAGAUGUAAA